AAGGAAUAUUAGUUGCAUAGAGCUCACAAAAUAAGAUUCAACUCAUAUAUAGCUCCAAAUACUUGCCAUGGCUUCGCCAUCUGAUCUUAACACCUCAAACUCAUUUAUGCAUCAAUUCCUCCAAGAAAGUUCUUACCCUGAAGAGCUAAAACAAUCCAUCAUUUCACUACCCAGAGAGGAAGGUUGGCUCUAUCCUCAUAUGUAUAACUACAAAGGGUUUUGGCUUGAUUCUGAGUUCUUGCAUGGAGCUCUUAGAUGCCAAAAACACUUCCAGGCUCAACAUUCUGAUAUUAUAGUCUGUACCCUCCCUAAAUGCGGCACCACUUGGUUGAAAGCUCUGGUUUUUGCUUUGACCACUCGAAAACAAUUCCCAGUAUCACAACAAACCCACCCUUUACUCACAACAAGUCCUCAGGAGUUAAUUCGAAACAUGGAGUUUUCGUAUUCAAGAGAAAUCAGCCCUGAUUUCCCUAUGAAUGGUAAUGGGUUUAGGGUGUUGUCCACGCAUUUACCACUAGAGUUGUUGCCAAAAUCGGUAUGGGAAUCAAAAUGCAAGCUCAUUUGUGUGUGCAGAAACCAAAAGGACACCGUCGUGUCGUAUUGGCACUUCAUGAAUAAGCUGAGGGCUGAGCUUCUUGGCCUUGAAGCUAUACCGUUUCCAGAGACAUUUGAUAGAUAUUGCCGGGGAGCAAGUAUGUUUGGGCCUUUCUGGGAUCAUGUGUUGGGAUACUGGAAGGAGAGCUUGGAGAAUCCUGGGAAGGUGUUGUUCUUGAAGUACGAGGAGAUUAAGGAAGAGCCUGAAGUUGAGUUGAGGCGAAUUGCAGGUUUCUUGGGGUGUCCAUUUUCUGAGGAGGAAGAAGAGGGAGGUGUGGUAGGUGGAAUCUCGAGGCUUUGCAGCUUUGAAAGCUUGAGCAACUUGGAGGUUAACAAGACUGGUAAAUGCUUAUUUUUUGGUAGGCCAAAUAAUGUGUAUUUCAGGAAAGGUAAGGUUGGAGAUUGGAGGAACCAUCUAACAGAUGAAAUGGCCGGAAAACUUGAUCAAAUUGUUGAAGAAAAGUUCAAAGGGACAGGGCUCAAGUUCUGAUCACAAUUAAGUCUCUCUCAUCUUCUAAGAUCAUUGUGCUCAAAUUUCCCUAAUUACUAUAAGCUCAUAAGAUCCACUAUUGUAUGUGUGUAAUGUAUUCAUAUGAGUUAAUACCUCUAAUGGUCCUCCGAGUAUUUGGAGUUUACCAGCUGUGGUCUUUCGAGUUUUAAAUGACCUCCAAUGGACCUCUUUGUUUUAAAAAAUAACCACAUGUGGUCCUAAUUCUUAAAAUAACCCGAGUUUAAUAUAACUACGAGACGUCCUAAAAGGACUGUGGGUGGUUAUUUUUUAAAACAUGGAGGACCAUUGGAGGUUAUUUAAAACUCGGAGGACCACAGCUGGUAAACCCUUAAUACUCGGAGGACCAUUGGAAGUAUUAACUCGUGUUCAUAUCAUAUUAUGUAGUUCAAAAGAUCAACUCUUAUAUAUAUGUAUGUAUGUGUUGAGAACGGUUGAU